ACAUUGUCCUCAUUUUACAGAUGAUGAAAUUAGUGUGUAGAGAAGUUAGGCAAUUUACAUAGAUUAUAAGGCCAGUUUAUGGUUCAAACCUAGUCUAGAAUCUAGAUUUUUAAGUGCUAGUACACCAUACUGCUGCUGCUGUGUUUUAAUAUAUCUACUAAUAAAAGUCCUUAACUGAAGAAAGUCUUCAGCUGCUGGAGAAUUGUACCUUAGUUAACAUUUUUUAAAUUUCUUUAAGAGAGAGAGAGAGGGAGAGAGAGGGAACACGCAGGAGGGAACAUGCAGGAGAGGGCAAGAAAGGGAGACACAGAAUCUGAAGCAGGCUCCAAGCUGUCAGCACAGAGCAGGACGUGGGGCUAAAACCCAUGAACCGUGAGAUCAUGACCUGAGCUGAACUCUGAUGCUUAACUGACUGCCUGAGCCACCCAGGCGCUCUGUACCUUAGUUAAUAAGAGUGAAAUUCUUGGGGUGCCUGGGUGACUUAGUAACCAACUAAGAGCCUCCGACUUUGGCUCAGAUCAUGAUCUCACGGUGAGUUCGAGCCCUGCAUUGGGCUCUCUGCUUUCAGUGUGGAGCCCACUUUGGAUUCUCUGUCCCCCUCUCUGCCCCUUUUCUGCUUGUGUGCAUGCACUCUCUGUCUCAAAAGUAAGUAAAAACAUUUAAAAAUAAGAAUGAAAUUCUUAUUUGACAUUUGCUGCAAGCUGAUUAUAUUUUUUAAAUAGAUUUUUUGAAAUUGUGUCUCCUGGCUACUGUGUAUUAGAUUGAAUGUGGUAAUGCUGAGUAUUAGCAACAUUUAUUAUCUUAAGACUAAUAUUUUCUCUAAAUCCUUUUAAAAAUCCUUUAAAAGUUUAAAAUGUAAAUAUUUUUAUAUGCCACUCUUAAUGGAGUCAAUUAAAUGGCUGUUUCUCCCUAAAUCUUCAGUAGCCAAAAUACGUAGAAGUUAAGUACUGCGUUUAGAAAUCGUUUGUUUUUAGACAGAAAUUAGAAGUUUACAUUUUCCAUAAAUUAAUAGGUUACAAAGUCCUGGUCCCUACUAGAACUAUCUGGCUUCCCAUCUUGGGUAAGCAAGGUAUAAGUAGAAAGAAAUGCUGGUGUACUGGUAGUGCUAAAAGGUUGUAUGGGAACUCCAGGAACUGACAACAACUCAUAAUUACUCAUUUGUUUCUAGGUUGGAGCAAAGAGGAAAUAUACAGGUGUUUUAUACUUGUUCAGUUAUUUGCUUAGUGUUUAUGCUGCAUACAUUUGGUUAUGAUGUAACAUGUUUGUCAGUAGAAACAGGGGCUAGAAUUGUGCAAUGAAGAGAGAUCAUCGAGUAAACAUCACAUGUCCUAAUUGUAUGUAGUAUGUCAUAUAUAGCCUGAGUGCUUCUGACUCAUUUAGAAUGAUAUUUCCUGUAAGAUUGUAGAUUGGCUCUGCACCCUAUAGUCUUCAUAUAGUAGAGUACAAUCUGAAAUAAUAGAAACAGGAGAAAAACAUCUUCAAGGAUUUGAAUUUUUAGAUCACUUAAAACAUUUUUUUUCCUUUUUAUCGUGGUAAAGUGUACACAUCAUAUAGUUUACGUCUUCACUGUUUUAAGCAUAUGGUUCGGUAGUUUUAAGUACAUUCAUACUGUUGUGCAGCCAUCACCAGUAUCCAUCCCUCUAACUUCAUUUUGUAAAAUUGAUACUAUACUUAUUAAACAGUAACUCCCCUUUCCUCCUCCAGCCCCUGGCAAUCACCAUUAUACUGUCUGUCUUUAUAAUUUUGAUAACUCCAAGUAUUCAUAUAAGUACAAUCAUACAGUAUGUCUUUUCAUGACAGACUUAUUUCAGUUAGCGUAGUGUUAUCAAGGUUUAUCCAAAUUGUCGUAUAUUGCAGAUUUUCCUUUUAAUGUAGAAUUUGGGUUCUUGAAUUUUUGCAAGUAUUUGUUUUUGUUAAUUAAACAUUUUUAAUGGAAAUCAUUUAAAAGGAAUUUAUUUUAGUUUUCUAGUUAAAUAAGUUUGUAGAAUAUUCUGUUUCUAGGGCUUUUUAUUAAAGACAUUUAUUGGAGUUGGUAUUUAUCACUGGUUGAAUUAGGUAGACUCUGAUGAUUAUUUAUCAUAAACUAUACACUGUAUGUGAUGCUUUAGAAUUCCCUUUUUAGAAGAAGCUAAAUAUUUUUAGGUAAGUAAAUAGAUAUCUAACUUCGGGCUUUUUUCUUGCUAACAUUAAUCUUAAAAAUGAUGGUCAUGAGUCAUUUUUAAGAAACUGGCCUUCAGAAUGUAUGACUAUUGUACGUCUUUCAUUUCCUUAUUAUGGUUAUUGAGUCUUCUAGGCUGAAGAUAAUUAUCAAGCCAAACCCUUCAUUGGAAUAGUUUUGCUAUAUGGUCAGAAGAUAGGCUGAGUUGCUCAGAUGUUACAGUGGCUUGAAGGAGGCAAGUUAGACAACUACCUCUUAGGUAGUUCCUUGUUUAACACUGAGAAUCUGAUAGUGAUCAGUAUAGAUCACAAUUUGUAUCUAUCAAAUCCAAGAAUGGAACAAUUAGAUUUUGCAUCUUCUCUCGACGUUGACUGUGCCCAGGGUGCUGAAAUCAGGGUGUUUGUGAACCGAAGUUUAGCCAUGGAAAAAAUAAAGUGUUUUGGUUUUGAUAUGGAUUACACACUUGCUGUGUACAAGUCCCCGGAGUAUGAGUCUCUUGGCUUUGAGCUUACUGUGGAGAGAUUAGUUUCUAUUGGCUAUCCUCAGGAGCUGCUCAGCUUUGCUUAUGAUUCUACAUUCCCUACCAGGGGACUUGUCUUUGAUACACUAUAUGGAAAUCUUUUGAAAGUUGAUGCCUAUGGAAACCUCUUGGUCUGUGCACAUGGAUUUAACUUCAUAAGAGGUUCUCAGGUAGCUGCUCAGAAGAGACCAGAAACUAGAGAGCAGUAUCCAAAUAAAUUUAUCCAGCGGGAUGACACUGAAAGAUUUUACAUUCUGAACACACUGUUCAACCUACCAGAGACCUACCUGUUGGCUUGCCUAGUAGAUUUUUUUACUAAUUGUCCUAGAUAUACCAGCUGUGAAACAGGAUUUAAAGAUGGAGACCUCUUCAUGUCUUACCGGAGUAUGUUCCAGGAUGUAAGAGAUGCUGUUGACUGGGUUCAUUACAAGGGCUCCCUUAAGGAAAAGACAGUUGAAAAUCUUGAGAAGUACGUAGUCAAAGAUGGAAAACUGCCUUUGCUUCUGAGUCGAAUGAAGGAAGUAGGGAAAGUGUUUCUUGCCACCAACAGUGACUAUAAAUACACAGAUAAAAUUAUGACUUACCUGUUCGAUUUCCCACAUGGCCCCAAGCCUGGGAGCUCCCAUCGACCAUGGCAGUCCUACUUUGACCUGAUCUUGGUGGAUGCACGGAAGCCACUCUUUUUUGGAGAAGGCACAGUACUGCGUCAGGUGGACACAAAAACUGGCAAGCUGAAAAUUGGUACCUACACAGGCCCCUUACAACAUGGCAUCGUCUACUCAGGAGGUUCAUCUGAUACAGUCUGUGAUCUCUUGGGAGCUAAGGGCAAGGACAUUUUGUAUAUCGGAGAUCACAUUUUUGGGGACAUUUUAAAAUCAAAGAAACGACAAGGGUGGCGAACUUUCUUGGUGAUUCCUGAACUUGCACAGGAGCUGCACGUCUGGACUGAUAAGAGCUCACUUUUCGAAGAGCUUCAGAGCUUGGAUAUUUUCUUGGCUGAACUCUACAAGCACCUUGAUAGCAGCAGCAAUGAGCGCCCUGACAUUAGUUCCAUCCAGAGACGUAUUAAGAAAGUAACACAUGACAUGGACAUGUGCUAUGGGAUGAUGGGGAGCCUGUUCCGCAGUGGCUCCCGACAGACCCUCUUCGCCAGCCAGGUGAUGCGGUACGCUGACCUCUAUGCAGCCUCCUUCAUCAAUCUGCUCUAUUACCCCUUCAGCUACCUCUUCAGAGCUGCCCACGUCUUGAUGCCUCAUGAAUCAACGGUGGAACAUACACAUGUAGAUAUUAAUGAGAUGGAGUCCCCUCUUGCUACCCGGAACCGCACAUCAGUUGAUUUCAAAGAUACUGAUUACAAGCGGCACCAGUUGACCCGGUCGAUUAGUGAAAUUAAACCCCCCAACCUCUUCCCACUGGCCCCCCAGGAAAUUACACACUGCCAUGAUGAAGAUGAUGAUGAAGAGGAGGAAGAAGAGGAAGAAUAAGGAGGAAAACCAAAACUGAGCAUCCAUUAAACACGUUUUGGCAGGACUUCCAGGAGCAAAGGAUAUCCCUGUUUGCGUUCUAGUGGUGGGUGGGGGAGCUCCAUCAAAGGUACAUGUGCGAAGUUUCUGAAGACCUUAAAAUAUUCUAAUCAUAGAGAGAUACUUUUUAGUAGUUUUGUUUGUCUGCACUCUGCAGAUGGUUCACAAUUGUAAUGGAGUCUGUAUUGGAAGAAAGCAAGGGUAAAGCCGGGCUGAACUGCAUGCAGAAGGCUCCAUUGUGGCUUGUGACACCAUUUCCUUGUCUGGUUUCAUCCUCAGUAUAUAUUGGAUAUACCAGGGCUAGUGAAGAGUAUCCGAGUGGAACGAAGAGGUGAUCUGAAAAUGAUAUGUUACAAAUUGUGCUCUUACUCCAAAGUCCAUCCUGAAAUUUUCAGUGCAUUACACAGUAUUGUAUGUCAGUGGAGAAAUAUAUUGUUUCCAUUACCAAAUGCGGUCUUCUGUUAAGGUCAAGGUUCCGUUUACAAGCUUUGAAGUGUCCUCAGUGCCUGGGGGCAGACUGCAGGCUUCAGUGGUCUUGCACAAGUGUUUGGUUUGCUAUAGGGCUUGCCUGGAAUGCACUGCAGUGAUUCUGUCUUGAAGUAAAAGUCUUCAUCUAAUCUUACAUUUUUUUGAUAGUAGAAAUGCUUGUUAUCCAGAAGCGGUCUUUUUCUCAUCUGGAGUGAAUCUAGAGAAAGAAUUCAGCUGAAAGAGGACAAAGGAGCAAGCCCCGUGAAAGAGCAUAACUGAGUAAAGUCAUUAGCGUGGGCCAGUGUGGCUCGUGCCGCCCAGACUUCCGGCCUUCCCUGUUCCUCUAGAGUGGACUGUAUUCCACAGUCAAGCAUGAGAGGAUGGGAAGAGGGUUCUAUCAGUCAGAACCUUACUAAAGCAGAGGGCACAAUCAUGUGAAUAAAUGCACUUCAGAAUCCCAAGAGAAAUCACUUGUUAUUUUGACCAAGAAGGGAUUGUUACUGUGUCCUAGAGGGUACCGGGCUGCCUCGCUGUCGGCAGAGUGGCUAUAGCAGUUUGAAUAGUGCAGACUUUCCCUUUAACCUUUAUAUAUUCCUUCCAUUCUUCCUGGUGAACACAGAAGGUAGAUUAGUUGCUGUAGAAUUCAAUAAAGUAUAUUUCUAAUACUGA